AAAGUGACAUUAAAUUGGUGUUGAAAUGACACCAAAAUGAAUUCUGUGGUUGGAGAUGGUCUGAAAACCCUAGACAAGAGCAAGCCGAAGAUGGAGAUUGAUCUAAUGCCGCCCGAGCUCCGGCGAUUACUAAAGAGGGAGAAGGAUCGGAAGCAACGGUUCAAGCGCCGGAGAGCCCUUGAAAAGCUCCAAUUGGAGGGAGAGUGGGAAUACAAGCGGAUGUACAAGCGCCUGAACACCAAAUACGAAGGCAAGGCGAAGAUUGAAGCGGAGGAGGAAGAGGAGAAAGAGCAUACGUGCGGCAUCUGCUUUUCGGGUUCCAGGAGGUCGAUCCGCGGCCGAAUCAAUAGCUGCGACCACUAUUUCUGCUUCGUCUGCAUCAUGGAGUGGGCCAAAAUCGAGACGAGUUGCCCCCUCUGCAAACGUCACUUUGAAUCCAUCUGCCGCCCUCCGGUGCGCGGCGUCUUCCGCUUUAAGCGGGUGGUCGAUGUCCCCGUCCGCCGUCAGGUUAACCAUCGACGAGAUCUUGAUCCAUAUGAAUAUAUUCCCUGCAGUUUUUGCUCCGCUUGUGACCACAGAAGACGACUGCUGGUUUGUGGUCUAUGUGAUUUGGGUAUUCAUAGAAGUUGUGUUGGUUUGGGGGAUCCUUUACCUCGGCAGGGUAAUUGGUACUGCCCUGACUGCACUAUUUGUAAGGAUUGGCAUUCGAGACCUGACUCUUGCCUUCAAAAUGGCAGCUCAUCUCAAACCCUAAACCAGAGUAGGACAGAUGAUCCAGAAUCUAUCAGGAAAGCAUGGGAAAUGAUGGAACUUGGCUCUAGCUGAACCAUCAAAUCAAAGAUAGUGGAAACUUGAUGUUCUUGUCAUGUGUAUUUGUUGACAAACUAUAUAUUGCAUGAUCGAAAUUUCAAAAAUAGUCACUUUGUCAUGCUUGCUGUUGGCUCUAGAGUGGUUGUUUGCUAUUAAUUUUGGAAUUGAAAAAUGGGAAAAUAUGCAUUGAACGA